UCAUGGAUGAGACAUCAGAGGCGAUCAGUUUAAUAGAGUCGCCUGAAAGUAACAACCAAGCAAUGACUGACUCCGCUUCGGAAGACGAGCAAACUGUUUCCUCUACCACAUCCACGACAACAAUUGCUAGUUCGGUUUCCACUCACACACGUGUCCCUCCCGCAGUAGCCAUCGCACGACAGGUUUCCCUCUCAUCUCCUCACAUGACGAGACCGAGAGCUAAUAUGAACGUAUCCAAUGUAUCCUCAAGUAUCCCUGCUAACUCACACCCCCAAAUGAACAGGAAGAGAUCCUCUCCUAAUCGUCAGUCGGGUUCAAAUGGAUCUCCCUCGGCCAUAUCGAGCAGCGGUGACCACAUUCGAACCCCGCAUCGCAACUCAAACGGAACCAGUAGCUCCAAUGAGUCGCUUGUCGGUUUGGUCAGUACAAGUACGAAAUGCUCUUCGCCGGCAAAAAAUCACGCUCCGAGGAACCGCAACCACCAUUUAGCUGCGAAUAGGUCUGCAAAUGGAGGCGCUCAGAGUAGCUCAAGCGCUCCAUCGCUCCCGGUUGCACUUCACCAAAGUGCGUCCGUCCCGUCGUCUGGAGACCGAAUCGUUCCCGUAAGUUCGUCGGCUGCUGGCUCCCAAAGCGUCCCGUUCUUCAUUAAUGUAACUCCAGUACACGGAGAUGGGCCAGAGGAAGGCAGUGCGGAUAGUUCUCCGUCUGAAACGAAUUUAACGACAUCGAGAACCCAGGCGUCAAUUCAUAAUUGGCAGUCUAUGAAAAUGAGCAUGGCAGAACGCCUUGCAUUUCUCUUCAAUAAUGAGACUCUAAGUGACGUUAAGUUUCUAGUGGGACGUGGAUCGGCGCAACAGAGAAUUCCCUCGCAUAAGUUUAUACUCUCAAUUGGCAGUGCAGUGUUUAAUGCCAUGUUCAAUGGAUCUAUGGCUACUAACGCUAGUGAAAUUGACCUCCCGGACGUGGAACCAGCUGCUUUUAUGUUUCUCCUCAAGUUUCUAUAUACAGAUGAGGCGCAAAUUGGCCCCGACACUGUAAUGACUACACUGUACACUGCCAAGAAGUAUGCUGUACCCGCCCUUGAAUGCCAAUGCGUCGAUUUCCUCAAACGAAAUCUUAACGCCGAAAAUGCGUUCAUGCUUUUGUCACAAGCUCGGUUGUUCGACGAACAGCAACUCGCUGAUUUAUGCCUGGAGACUAUAGAUAAAUGUACAACUGAGGCUAUAAAUGCUGAGGGGUUUGUAGACAUUGACCUUGAGACACUGUGCUCCGUGCUUCGUCGGGAUACUCUGUCAAUACGAGAGUGCAAGUUGUUCCAAGCCAUCGUUCGUUGGGCCGAUGAGGAAUGUCAACGACAACAAAUCGCGUCGACUGCAGAGAACAAACGACAAGUGCUGGGAGAAGCGACGACUCUGAUUCGGUUCCCUCUCAUGUCGGUCGAGGAGUUCGCUUCAUGUGCACAGACGAAGAUUCUGCAAGACAAGGAGAUAGUCAAUCUGUUUUUGUAUUUCACGUGCAAUCCGAAGCCGAAGGUGGAGUUUGUGGAUCGACCCAGGUGUUACUUGUCUGGAUGUGAAUAUACUCUGACCAGGUUCAAACAGGUCGACUGCAGGUGGGGAUACAGUGGCACUCCGGACAAGAUAAGGUUCCGAGUAAACCAGAAGAUCCACAUUGUUGGACUGGCACUGUAUGGCUCCACCCAAUUGCCAAUGGAGUACCAAGUCAGCAUUCAGAUCGCACACGAUGAGAGCGGCAAAGUAUGUGGUGACAACGACACCAGUUUCUCCUCGGAUGGUUCCUCCAACACCUUCCGAGUGAUGUUCCGGGAACCAGUGGAAGUCAGACCCCACGCCUCAUACACGGCAUCCGCGACAAUAGCUGGCGCAGACAGCCACUACGGGACGAAAGGGAUGCGCAAGGUGCACAUAGACACUCCUGAUGGGAAGAUAGUGUUCCACUUCCAGCACUCGCCAGGGAACAACAACGGCACCUCAGUAGAGGACGGACAGAUCCCACAGUUCAUUUUCUACACCUGAGGAACAGAAUGAACACAACUACAGACAGAAUGAAAUUAAAUAAAUAAAUAAACUACUAACCAGCCAGCUCAGGUGCAUGAAAGGGAAAGGAAAAAAAACAAAAAGUAAGGAGCUAAAGAACUCAAGGAGAGCCUUGUGACAGAAAAACCGAAUGAUCAAAAAUUAUAUCAGCCACUGAAGUUUCACUAUUUGAAUGUCGGAAGCAAAUAUUACAAUUAAAUGAGAGCUUUCGACGGUUUUUUGGUUGGAUAAUUCUACUAAAUAAAUAAAACAACAAUUAAAACUAUUAUA